UAGACUAGGCUAGCCUUUCUUCCCUCCCGCUUCCAUCUCAUCCUCUGCCGUAAGAGAGACGUAUCCCUCACUUUUGACAACCCCACCACUAAUUACGACUCUCACAAGCAUGGCAUCGGCGAGCAGCUCCGCACAGGCCGCCUUCGGGUUGGGCCGCAGGAAGAAGAACCCCGGCGUUCUGGAUCAGAUUGGAAAAUUCUUUGGAGUGGACAAAAAGAAGAAGAGCAAGGGGUCUUUCCGCGGUGCCCUCUCUCCCACCACCCAGAAAGCCUCUGCUACAUCCCCCCGUAAGCGAGGGCCAGAGAACGCAGUUGUCCACUUCUUCCGCACCAUCGUUUCUCCUGCCCCCCCAAAGUCAAGGUGGAGAGGACUAGCAGCCAAGAUAGGCCUGGGUGACCAGAAGUCACAGUCUGCUAAAGCCAAGAGGUCCAGUGGAGGAGACGGCAAAGGCACCCUGACUAGGAUCUUCAAAAUGUGAUGAUAACAGAAGCGGAAGCCGCAGCUCUUCUCCAGCCAGGCGCUGAAGUUCCAACAUCCCCUUAGAAGCCAAGGACAAGAUGCGGGCAAGGAGAGAAAGAAAAUACAAUUUUGUGACCUUGAAAAUUUACCUUUGACUCUGAUAACACAUAAUAGUGUCUAAAUCCUGGUCGUCUGCCCUGCUGUGUCUUUUCCCUCUGAAGCCGCUCUCGCGCAUCCCCAAAUGACCCCCUGACAACGGCCAUGACUGUAUAAAGCGCUUGAGUUUUGGUCCUGUCUGAUUUCACUACAAUACACACAAAAAAAAGAAAAAAAUGCUGAGAAGAGUCAGAUCUGGAUUGGGAGAGGAAAAGUCCCCGUUCAUAAAUUCUUAACUUGGCUGUUGUUGCUGCUUAUUGUGAAACCAGCCCGCUCCUUCUCUUUGUCUUGUCGUCAUGUCUGUGUCUAUGUCUUUACACUCUCCCUGUGCACAUAAAAAGUAAACUACGUUAUAAUUUCGUGACACAAUUAACUACACUUAAAUUACUGUCCGGUUGUAAUGUGAAAACCACCUCCCUGUUUCUGGUAGGUGUGCUGUCUUCAAUGUGAUCUACAUGUUUGUCAUUUGACUGAUUGUGGUUAUAGAUUGACAUUCUCAACCGCUUAAAAAAUAUUUUCCGCAACGAGCACUGAAACAACACGUACAUUUGUCACUUCUAAUAAGUUCCAUACAUUUUAACGGCACAUUGCAAUUUUCCCCUCCGUGCACGUCGCUAGUCUUUGAACGUGCAGUUCCUGCCUUUCAAGCUUCUUUUUAAUCUCUCUUUUUGUCUUCCGCCUCUCUUCUUGCCUGCUCAAACAAACCUACUGCUGUUUUCUGUUUGUGGAUUACUGAAAAGAACAAACAAAAACACAAUUUCAAAAAGGUGCUCCCCGAUUACGUGUGAGUGAAAACGUCCGUGGUGCUUCUGUCCCCAUGUCAAGAAACCAAAUAAUGGCUCGCCGAAAUGCAGACUGCCCUUAUUUCGGAUGAAUUAAAAACUUUGUGUGCGUGCAAGCAUAAAAUGUGGCAUCGAUCUACAAUGUGUGUCUGUAAAUCUACUCUUCCCAUGCACCCUCUGAAUGAAUGUAAAGAAAGACCCCCCUUUUUAAUCAAUUAUAUAGCCACUUACCUGAAAAUAAAAAUAUAAAAGCCCCA